GCCGGUUAGUCUUGACCAUUAGCUGUUCGUUCUAGCAUUACGAGAACGUGGUUGCAACUCGGUUUCUUGUUGUUUUCAGAUAAUUUUUCAUAUCCGACCGAAUGAGGAUGACCAGCCACGCGUCAGGAGAUGCGAGGAGGCAAGGCGGAGUUUACAAAGACAAAUCGAAGCCGGCGGAAAUCCGCAGCAGCAACAUGAACGCCGCCAAAGGCGUUGCCGAUGCUGUUCGGACCAGUUUAGGACCGAAAGGAAUGGAUAAAAUGAUACAACAUGGUCAGGAUGUUACAAUCACUAACGAUGGUGCUACAAUCCUUAAAAAGAUGAACGUCACCCAUCCCGCAGCCAAAUUGCUAGUGGAAUUAUCACAAGCACAAGAUGUGGAAGCGGGCGAUGGUACUACGACAGUCGUUAUAAUAGCUGGGGCCCUUCUUGACGCUGCUGAGAAACUUCUGAACAAGGGGAUUCAUCCGACUAUCAUAUCGGAUGCAUUUAGGGAAGCGGCUCUUAAGUCAGUCGAGAUCAUCAAGAAAAUGUCGAUACCCAUUGAACUCAGCGAUCGGGAGAGCUUAAUUAAAAUUGCUUCAACUUCGCUCAAUUCAAAAGUUGUCUCCCAACAUUCUUCACUACUUGCACCGCUUGCUGUCCAUGCUGUAUUAAAAGUAGUUGACCCAAAGAAUGAUCGCAAUGUAGAUUUGAAGGACAUUAAGAUUAUUAAGAAACUUGGUGGCACUGUGGAAGACACUGAAUUGAUUGAAGGACUUGUCUUUACAAACAAAUCUGCCAACGUUAAUGGACCGAAACGUUUAGAAAAAGUUAAAAUUGGUCUUAUCCAAUUUUGUAUUUCUCCACCAAAAACUGAUAUGGAUCACAACGUUAUCGUUACGGAUUACAAUGCCAUGGAUAGGAUUUUAAGAGAAGAGCGUACAUAUAUCCUUAACAUUACCAAGCAGAUUAAAAAAGCCGGAUGCAAUCUUCUCCUUGUACAAAAAUCGAUAUUACGUGAUGCCUUGUCUGACUUGGCUAUACAUUUUUUUGACAAAUUGAAAAUUAUGGUCGUCAAGGAUAUCGAAAGGGAGGAUAUUGACUUCAUUUGUAAGACUUUGGGAUGUCGGCCGAUCGCAUCAGUGGAUCACUUCACACCAGAAAAUUUGUCCUCCGCCGAACUCGUUGAAGAGAUCCAGACUGGCUGUUCAAGAUUUGUCAAAGUCACCGGUAUCCAAAACCCAGGGAGGACAGUAACUAUUCUUGUCAGAGGAAGUAAUAAUCUUGUGUUGGAAGAAGCUGACAGGUCUAUUCAUGACGCUCUAUGUGUCGUGCGUUGUUUGGUCAAAGAACGUGCACUAAUAGCAGGUGGAGGUGCUCCAGAGACCACAAUCUCCUAUCAAUUGAAUAACUAUGCACGGACUGUUGUUGGGGUAGAUGCUUACUGUAUCAAAGAAUAUGCAAAUGCAUUGGAAAUUAUUCCAUCCACGCUUGCUGAAAAUGCUGGCCUCAAUCCAGUCACAGCUAUGACCGAACUCCGUAUGAGACAUUCUUUGGGUGUAAACACCGCGGGCAUUAAUGUCAGAAAGGGUUCGAUCACUGAUAUUUUGGAUGAAAAUGUUGUCCAACCUUUGUUAGUCUCCACUAGUGCUAUUUCCCUUGCUACGGAAACUGUCAGGAGCAUUUUGAAAAUUGACGAUAUUGUCAAUGUUCAAUCUUAAAUUCAUGAAAAGAAAAAGGUAUUCCUUUUAUCAAUUUUUUUUUUUACAAAAUUAGAAGCACUAAAUGGAUAGUUUCCUAUUGUUACGUUGGAUUUAUAAUCAUCUGAAUUUAUGGCAGAAUCAGAUUUUGUACCAAGCUUUACUAACUAAAUAAAAAUAAAAAAUAAUAAUAAAACCA